AUGGACAGUGUACGCACAUUUGAAGCUUGCUUUUUAUCUACGGCAGCUGAGAUAACAUUCUUCCUGAAGAAUAUUACCACUACUGGCAACCGAGCUCAGUCUACAAAAGUUGUACUCAAUACUCUUACUGCAAUUGUGGUUGUGUGGAUUUGCUAUCGAGCUGUAAUCUAUCCAAAAUUCAUAAGCAGUUUAAGGCAUCUCCCAACGGCUAAAAGAAAGUACCCGCUCAUUGGAUAUGGACCAGCACAAUUUGCUAACUCUCGCGGAGAGCUCUUCCUCGAAAUGGCGAAGGCCAUACCGAACGAAGGUUUGAUUAGAUUCCAUGGCUUCCUUGAAACAGAAAACCUCUUGCUCACAAGUCCGGAGGCUAUACAAGAGGUUCUUGUGAAGAAUUCCUACAACUUCAUAAAGCCGCGCGGAGCAAAAGCUCUUUUCGAUCGGUUUCUAGGUUCUGAGGUUUUAUUCGCGUCCGAAGGGCCUAACCAUAGAAACUCUAAAAAGCACAUGCAACCACCAUUCAACCUCAGCAAGGUGAAAAUCUUGUACUCUAUGUUCUGGGAUAAAGCCGUGAAAAUGUCUGAUGAUAUCGGUCGGUCUGUCAUACCCAGCGAGAAAGAAAUCCUCGUCACGGAUGUUGAUAUGCAUGCCCACAACGCCACAUUAGAUGCGGUCAUGCGGGCCCUGUUCGGGGAGAAAAUCGAAAAAUCGCCAUAUAAGCAUGAGAUCCUGAGACUCCUCGACAGUGUGCUUGGUGGGUCGUGGGAUGUGACAGCGUACUUCAUGAUGACCGCGUUCUUACCGCUAUGGACCCUAAAGCUCAUCCCUGGGGGCAUCAAUGACCGUGUCAACUUUUCGAGUUACAGACUAAGACAAUCAGUUCGAGCCUUUCUGAAUGAAAGGAAAGACGAAUCUGGGUCAAACAAGUCAGAUGACAUAGCUAUGGAGAUGGCGAACAGUGAUUAUUUCACUGACGAUGAACUCGUGGCCAAUCUCUUAGGCUUGAUGAUGGCAGGCAUUGAGCCGACAGCUGCAGGUUUCGUUUGGAUAGCGUGGUACUUAGCCAUACAUCCCGACUGGCAAACCAAAGUGCGAAAUGAACUGAAGGCCAACAUAGCUCAUCGAUUCUUCACAGACGACCCGACAAGUUUUGAUGCUGCUAGCGUCCUAGAGAGUCUCCCAAUUCUAAACGCGGUCUGCAACGAGGGAUUGCGUCUCAAACCGCCCGCUCCAACCUCGAACCGCAUCGCCAAAUUCGACACGACCAUUUUAGGCCACCCAGUAAAAGCUGGCACCAGAAUUUUCAUCUCGCCUUUCGUCUCAAAUCGGUCCGAAGAGUUUUGGGGUCUGACAGCUGCAAUGUAUGAUCCGAGUCGCUGGUUGGGUGACCAAAAAAGCGGAAGGAAGGAGGUUUACAACAGUCGAGGAGGCGCUGCAACGAGUACCCAUUGUGGCUUCUUACCAUUCCUUCACGGCCCACGUAAAUGCAUUGGCAGCAUUUAUGCUCAGGCUGAAAUGCGCGCAUUCAUCGCUUGUCUUGUAGGUAGAUUCGAAUUUGAGAUGGCUGAUAAAGAAGAGGAGAUGAUCUCAGCUGGUAUUUUGACAUCGAAGCCAAAGGGUGGACUAAAACUACGUUUGCACAAGGUAAAAAAAUGGUAA